GAGGCGGAGGCGCGGGAGUUAUGGAGGGGGCGGGCUCUGCAGGGAAGUGCGUCAGAGGAGGCGCGGGGAGAGUAGGGCGCUGUGGUCCGAGCUGAAGGGUGAAGCUGGCGGAGCAGGAGGAUGGGCGAGCAGUGUGAAUGCCAGAAUGGAUAACCGUUUCGCUACAGCAUUUGUAAUUGCUUGUGUGCUGAGCCUCAUUUCCACCAUCUACAUGGCAGCCUCAAUUGGCACAGACUUCUGGUAUGAAUAUCGAAGUCCAGUUCAAGAAAAUUCCAGUGAUUUGAACAAAAGCCUCUGGAGCGACUUUGCUAGUGAUGAAGCAGAUGAAAAGACGUACAGUGAUGUGCUUUUUCGAUAUAAUGGCACAAUGGGAUUGUGGAGACGCUGUGUCAGUAUACCCCAAAACAUAUAUUGGAAUAACCAAGAAAGGACAGAAUCAUUUGAUGUGGUCACAAGAUGCACGAGUUUCACGCUAAAUGAGCAGUUUAUGGCGAAAUUUGUUGAGCCUGGAGACCACAAUACUGGGAUUGAUCUGCUUCGAACCUAUCUUUGGCGUUGCCAGUUCCUUUUACCUUUUGUUAGUCUAGGUUUGAUGUGCUUUGGUGCUUUGAUUGGGCUUUGUGCUUGUAUCUGCCGAAGUUUGUACCCCGCCAUUGCCACAGGCAUUCUCCAUCUCCUUGCAGGUCUGUGCACACUGGGCUCAGUGAGUUGCUAUGUUGCUGGGAUUGAGCUACUCCACCAGAAACUAAAGCUGCCUGAGAAUGUGUCCGGUGAAUUUGGAUGGUCCUUCUGCCUGGCUUGCGUCUCAGCUCCCUUACAGUUCAUGGCUUCUGCUCUCUUCAUCUGGGCAGCUCACACCAACCAGAAAGAGUACACCUUAAUGAAGGCAUAUCGUGUGGCAUGAGUGGGAAGCUAGAUGCUAUACAAUUGCCAUUUUUAGUAUUUUUAAAGAGUAAUAUUUUCCCUCCCCCAAUUUUUUUGAAUUUAACUAUUUUUUUUGCAGAUAUAUCACUCUAUCUUGAAAACCCACUUUAUUUAUUCACACAGUUGUUUUUGAAUACAACUAAAAUUUAUAUGCAUUACUCUGAGUGAUUCCAUAUUUCAAACAAACUAGUCUAGGGUCAGAGUCUAGACAGAAGGAAAUGGGUAGAUACUUGGCACAAAUUUUGAAAGAUAACUGAUAGUGGGAAAUUGACCCAGAACAAGUUCUGCUGAUGUCUGUUAGACUUUUCAGUAAAGUAAUUAUAUUCACUCAACUGGAAAUUUUUAUUUUCAUUGGGAAACCUCAUCAUUGUCAAAACUUAUGUUCACUUUGCUGUUAUAGUUAGCUAGUCAGCCAGAGUUAUUAAUGCUGUUUUCAAAAACUUAAGCUACAUAGCAUAGGGAAAUUAUCUAAGAUCCUUUUUCCUAAAUAUUGGCAUAUAACUUUCAUUAAGAUGAAAUAUGGCAGCUGUUGAUCUAUACCAUGUCUGUCUACAAGAAAAGAGGUGAAAAAUAAUCUUACGUACUUGAAAUUUUAACUUUGGAACUACAGGAAUUCCAAUUCAGCCAGAUAAGAAGAUUAACCUUAUUUUACUUUUUUUUUU